AUGCUGGUAAUGCUGGUCGCUGGCGAUCAUCGAGUUGGCAUUUUUGCCAAAGAGCAUAUUGAAGCUAGUGAGGAGCUCUUUUAUGAUUAUCGCUAUGGGCCUGAUCAAGCUCCUGUUUGGGCUCGGAGACCUGAGAAUUCAAAGGGUGAUGAUUCGUCAAUUAAUCAAGGUCGAGCAAAGAAACACCAAUCUAAUUGA